ACUCACACCUUCCACAUAUUUAUGUCUAAUAAUACAUGAUUAGGCUCAGAUCGAGUUUGAGAAGGAGUGGGAAAUACAUCUAGAAGAUCUCUAUAAAGCAGGUCAAUUACAUUUCUGAUUUCAAUGGCAAAACUGAUGAGCACCGGACAACUGAAGCGUCAUGUCCGAUACAUCACAGCAUUUCUGAGCUCCACAACCAUCUUGUUGUUUCUGUAUUUUCAAAACUCAGCAGUAAUUACGACCUACUCUUAUGGGAUUGUCUCAAAACGAGCUGCAUGCGGAUGCAAUACGUGUGUGGCGAGCCGAGAAAAUGGUACUUGGUUCAGUGAGCGUUACAAUCGCACCAAACCAUUCCUGCUCAACAGCACCAACAGUGAAUUAAAUGAAGACAUCUUAAGGUGGUGGAAGGGGCUUCAAGGUGCAGCAGAUGUCAUCAACUACACAUAUGUGGUGGACAUUUUGUUUUCUCUGUUCCCGGAUGAAGAUCACUAUUCGGAUGCUGGUCCAGAUCGCUGCAGGACCUGUGCUGUGGUGGGAAACUCUGGGAACCUUCUGGGCUCCAAUUAUGGACGUCUCAUAGAUCUUCAUGACUUUGUUUUGAGGAUAAAUAAAGCCCCGACAAAAGGUUUUGAGAAGGAUGUGGGGUCUAAGACCACUCACCGGAUCAUGUAUCCCGAGAGCGCUGUGGAUUUGGACAACUCUACUCAUCUGGUGCUCUUUCCCUAUAAGAUUCUGGACAUGCAAUGGCUCAUCAGUAUUUUCACAACUAAACACAUCACAGAAACAUACAUCCCAGUACCAUCAACAAUCAACGCAGACAGAGACAAGGUGAUGAUUCUCCAUCCUGAAUUCAUCAAAUAUGUGAAUGAUAAAUGGGCAGAGGGUCAUGGUGGAUAUCCGUCCACUGGCUUCUUAACGCUGAUAUUUGCGCUUCACAUCUGCGACGAGGUGAAUGUUUUUGGGUUUGGAGCUACCAGUAAAGGACAAUGGCAUCAUUAUUUUGAUGAAUCGAUGACUUCCUUUAGCAAUAUUCACAGUGGAGACUUUGAAAAUCAGACGAUUCAUUUCCUCCAUCAAGAAAACAAGAUUUCAUUGCACCAGGGUUGGACAUGAAGCAGGUUUCUGGAGAAACACGAGUACUCCGUGACAGCAGUAUUGGAUAAUGAGCUGAGGAAGCUGAACUUACAGGUCGAGAGACGUGACGAGGUAUCAACUUUCCUGAGGAGAUUCAUUUGAGCUCAAUAAAAAUGUGGCUUUGGGGGAUUUAUUUAUUUUGAUGAACUUUCCAGGAUCUUCAAGCACCACUGAGUCGCACUGUUUACAUUGGAAUACACACAUAAAGGCAUUUUUUCUGUAUAUUAGCUUCGGGAUUUAAAUGUUUAGUUUAUUUAAAUGAAUAUAUAGGAGCUGGAGCGACCUGGGCUUCAAAACACUUCAGCACAUGCCACAAACUCUGAUAACAUCAUGGCAUGUCACAUUGCUGAAGUAAUUGAUGCAGAAACAUACAGCCCAGACCAAGUAUUAAGUGCUUUACAUGUUCACACUGUUCAGUAGUCCAACAUUUCUGUUACAAAUCCUGUUAUUGUUUGCCAUAACUAUGUUUGUAAUUUAAUCUGAGAUACUGUCAUUUAUACUGUAAUAUUGUACUUAAAUCAGAGUUUUAGGGUUUCAUUAGCUGUAAUCCAUAA